AAGUGUUUUUUUUUGUAACUGCAAUGCAUGCAGUAUUUUUUUUUUGUAACAUUUCAAGUCAAACAGGAUUGAAUCUCAUCGUGUCUUCUAAAUUACAGCAAAUUAGUUCAAAUAUCAAGUUUAUGUAAUUUUUGUUUUUGUUUUAGGACAAGAUGGCACACUUGUACAUGGACCAGACUCGGUCAUCUCAAUGCUAGACCAUGCCUUCAACUCGUUCGGUACUGGAGAAAGUGAUUGUGGGAUUCACGCAGAUAAUUGUUUUGGUCAGAAUAAGAAUAGAUACGUACUAGCCUACUUGUCAUGGCGCACGAUGAUUGGAUCACAUAGAAAUAUCAAAUACAUGAUGCAGUUACCAGGACAUACAAGGUGCUUGAUCGACGCGGGAUUUGGAACGAUAAAGAAGUUGUAUCGGCGUUCAAAUUGUGAUACUCUCCAACACGUGACGGAAGUAGUACUGAAGUCAGCACACAGUAAUGUUCCCGUUACUUAUGGUGAAUGGAUGUGGAAAGGCUGGAAGGUGUUCCUCGCAGACAGAUUCAAAAAAGUGCCGAACAUCUCAAAAUAUCACCACUUCCGUUUCACGUCACUCGAACCCGGUAUAUAG